AUGGAAGUGGACAUUAUGGGUUUACUGCAGGGCCUGCCAGCAGGGAGGGCUGACACAAAGCCCCCGAUUGUCCUCCACCUGCCCGGCUCCAGUCGCCUCGCAAGUGCGUUUCAUGGUGAAGAACAACCAGCAGAAGGGUUAAGUUUAACUCCAGCUCUUUCCUUCUCCCAGGACAGGAGGGCGGCAGCACACUUCACAGCUCCGUCCAGGACGUUCUGGAUCAUCUUGUCCGUUGCCUUGUUUUUCGCAGUUGUUGGCAUCAGCGUUGUGGGGGUUCUCAGCUUCUCCCCCGGCUCUGCCCAGGAUGGCUCGCAGCUCGUCCGGCUAACGCUCCAGGGCCAGCAAGACCCGCUGAGGAACCAGACAGCCUUGGUGGACAAGUCCAGGAGCACUGUCACCUACUACAUAACCUCGCAGAGUAACCGCACCGCCGUGGUGCUGUAUGACAGCAGGAACGGCUACGUGUGCUACAAGCCGGUGGAGCAACACGCGUGCUACCUGAGGAGGAUGGAUGCCUGGGACCACCAGACCCUGCAGACAUCUCUCAACACGUCUGAGCAAAGAACUGAUCAGCUGCUACAUCAGAAUAACCAGACCAAGUACUACCGGGAGUUCCUGGGCAUUCUGGCAGGGGAAAAAGUGGACCCCAAAAGCCUGGGGGAGGCUGUCCAAGCCCUGUGCGAGCAGACAUCCAUCUUCUGGGUCAGGAGAGGGCAGGGUCCGGGGAAGCAGCGGCUGAUCUACCUUUGCAUUGACAUCUGUUUUCCAAGCAACAUUUGUGUGUCUAUCUGCUUCUAUUACCUCCCUGAGUAAGGCCGGCAGCUGCGGAUGCCCUCUCGCUGCCCUGCAUACUUGAACCGGAUUCCUGAAAAGCCUCUGAUUUCAACGAGGAAGGUAACAUCUACAGUAUCCCCCAAAAGCUUCCUGCUGAUUUCACGCUGCAGUUCAGGAGAGCUUAGAAAAAAUAACAGGACUCGGCUCAGCACUGUCAGUACAGACACUUUAUUUGCA